GAGCGCUUCUGGUCUCGUGUCAGGACGCUCUGCAGGAAGACAAGCGCCUGGUGCUGAUGCUGCGGAGGACGCGACGCGACGCUCGCACAAGACUGCAGGUCCGUGAGAGACGAUGGUUCGAUGGAAACACUGAGUGACAUGGAUGUGACAUCAUGUGACAUAACUCAGGGUCAAAGAUCCUUGAUCAGGUUCCUGUGGACGUUUAUCAUUCUGAUAGACAAAUAUGGCAGUGAGAGAUUAUCUGUUAGACGCCGCUCAGCAGAUCCGCAUGGCUCUGGAUAGAGAAGUUAAUGAAGAUUAUGAAGCGGCGUUCAGCUACUAUAAGAACGGAGUCGAUCUGCUGAUGAAUGGAGUUCAAGUGGAUCCCAACAAGGAGAGACGUGAGGCUGUGAAGCGCAAGACGACUCAAUAUCUGAAGAGAGCCGAGGAGAUUUUCAUCUCUUACCUACAGGACAACAUCUCAAAGGGAUCCAGUCACUUAGGAGGUUACAGCAGUUUAAGGUUCAGAUCCAUCAGACAUCUGAGUUCACCGGUGGAGAAUCUGGCCAUGUGUAGAGUGAUCAGUGUCAUUGAUAAAGUGCUGACGGUUGAAAGUGUGAUAAGCAGAGAGACGUUCAUCGUGAAGAGUUUAGCCAAGUCCAGCUGGGAGAGUCGUGACAGAUCAACCAUUAUUCCUCAGGGUGUCCCGUUCAUGGUGAAGUUACUCAAGUAUUACAUCAGUGAAGACUCAGUGUUUCUUCAUCUAGAACAUGUUCAAGGUGGAAGGCUCUUUACCAGACUGCAUAAGGUCAGAAUAAAAGCUGUCACAGAGAAUCCAGACUGUUUUAAUCUCAACCAACACAAGAUUCAUUUGAAGAACAGCUACACGCUUCCUAACCUCAGCCAGAAGGAUGACCUGAAGGAGAACAGCCUGGAUCAUCAAUGUCUUCAUUCCUACAGUAAAGUUUCUCAGUGUUUGUAUGCGGUGAGGACACAAGAACCUCUCGCCUCUGUCGGUCAGCGUGUAACGUCUUUAACUCAGGAUAACCUUCCUCUUCCCGUUCAUCCCUGUGUGAUCGUGGAUACUCGGGAUCCACUCGAUGUCACUUCUGACCUUUUAGGAAACGACGUCCGCAUCGAGCGGAUGGACUCUAGCAUAGAUCUGAACGGAGCGUGGAAUGAUUUGGAACCGGAUCAGAAUCUGAGGAACUUCACAGUUUCAGGGUCUGUUUUGGGAAUGGACGUGGCAGCUCGGAUCACUCCGGCUUCUUUAUUUGGUGAAGGCGCACAAGUGACGCUCUGUAGCACCGUAGAUGUUCUUCCACAGAGAGUGAGGAUCGUUCCCAACGCUUCCCAUUUACCUUCACAAAGCCAAGAGCGAUCCGUCCAUCACACUACACCUUGUGAAAACGGACACGCUUCACAGUUUGUGGCUGAAUUAAGUGUCGUUAAUUCUCCAAAGCAAGAAGGAAUCUCUUUGGAUAUCACAAAGAUGAACCUGUCAUAUAAGUCACCAGAAUCUCUUUUGACCCAGAUGGGUUCUGAUAGAGAUGUCGUGGACGGUUUGAGCAGAAACUUCAGUGCCGAAUCAAAGCGAGAUGGAUGUGGUCUUCCAGAAGAAAAGGUUCGAUUGUGGGGAGCUCAGAUUCUUUUGGCUUUGGAGAGCCUUCAUGAACAGGGAAUCAUCUGUCAGGACCUGAACCCACGAAACAUCCUCCUGCGUGACAGCGGUGAGGUGUGUCUGACAUACUUUGGCCAGUGGACCGAGGUUCAGACUGAAAUUUGCCCAACAGCAGUGGAUCAGAUGUACUGUGCCCCAGAAAUUGGAGGCGUGUCUAAAAUCACGGAGGCGUGUGAUUGGUGGAGUUUUGGAGCCGUACUGUAUGAACUUCUUAGUGGAUUGCCUCUGUGGCGCUGUCAUCCAUCAGGUAUUCAUCCUCACACUCCUCUUUACAUCCCUGACACCCUGAGCACUGCGGCUGCGUCUCUUCUCACUGAGUUGCUGCAGUUUGAUGCGUGUUAUCGUCUGGGCUCUGGAGGAGGAGGUGUAAUGGACAUUAAAUGUCAUCCGUUCUUUAACUCCGUCCCUUGGCGUAGACUCAGCAGUUAAACCACCGGCGGUGCCUUCUGAAUGUUUUCAUCUCUUUGUGGAUUCAAACACUUUUCACACUUAAAGAAAACCUUUGACUGCGAGAUUUAUUUUUCACCUGUUGAGAUUCUGACAGCUGCCCUAUGAACUCGUCUCAUGUUUUCUGUGCUGAUUUUAUUAAAGCAGAAUUCUGUGGCAUGAAUGUAAAGAUGGUGAACUGUGGGUGAGAUCACAUUAGCCAAAAGACAUGAGCACACAGAUGAAUGUGUAGAUGUUUGGAAACACUGAAUCCUGCUGCGUUUGAUGAGAUCUUAACAGUUACUUGUUUUCCAGCUUCUCCAGAUGACUAAAUCUUUAUAUUUAAUUAAGUGUGACCAAGGGUGGCUCAGUGGGUAGCACUGUUGUCUCACAGCAAGAAAGUCUCCGGUUCGAGCCCUGGCUAGGUCAGGUGGCCUUUCUGUGUGCAGUCCCUGUGUCAGUGUUUAGUCCGGGUACUCUGGUUUCCUCCCACAGGCCAAAAACAUGCAGUAUAGGUGAAAAGGGAAUGCCAAUUUGUGUGUGGAUCAAAUUGUGUAUGGGUUAACCAGUUCCCGAUAUGAAUAUAGCAAUAGAUGCUGACAUGGUGUUAAGAACCAACAAACUUAGUGUGACCCUCAAGAUACCGUAAUACCACAGCAAGUGUUGGCUGUUUAAAGAAACAAGGUUGAAACUCUAAAGUCUGUUUCAGGUUUUCAUUUCUAUUGGUGAAGCUCAUCAGAUGUUAGGGAAUCUCUGAUUGUUGUACUUGACCUCCAUCUGCUGGUAUAAACGGCACAAUGCAGUGAAAUGAAGGGAACGUCAGUAUUGAUGCAUGUAUGAAGAUGCUGAGAGUUGAUCAGUGUUUCAUUUAAGGGCAUUAAAACUUCAUUUUACUGCAAUAUUACUGAAACCAAAUGUGUUCCAAACUGAGUUUUAUUUUUUAACAUUGUUUAUGUUUAAAUGUGACUGCAAUUAUUAAAAUCAUUCAUUUGUACUCAUUUAUUA